AUGUCCGACGACGAGCAAGCACCCCCUGAUGCCGAGAUCGGUUGGCAGGAGCUGGAAACUGAUAACGGUGGCUCCUAUCGCGUCAAAGCAGAUGAAUACGAUAUUUCGGAUCCUGUUGAGGCGGACGAAUGUGCGGCGAGCGGACCUCCCUUCAGCAAUGUCCAAGCCAACUGGACUGUCGGCAGCGAAGGAGCCCCUCCCGAUGAUGUCCAGAACCAGACGGCAACCACCUGGUACAAGCUCAAACAAGCCCCGUGGUACAGCAUCUACAAGUGGAGAUUGACGAUCAACGUCCAAGACACCUACGACUACAGCUUUACUGACAAGAGCGGUGACAGCUACAGGCUCAAUGUUCUCACUCUGUCUGAGACCCACUACGUUGACUACGACUCCUCGGAUCCAACCAUUGUCAGCAUCUCGGGUAAAUGA